AUGAAAGGUUUGAAUUAUAGAUUUCCUCAUUCUAGAUAAGAUUCAGGAUAAGCAAAUAGGGUUGAUAAAAGUUUGAUUAAUCAAGGAAACUAAGGAGCUUAAAAUAUACAUAAUAAUAGGUAUAGGAUGUUAUAUAAAAUAACUAAAUAGAUGGAAUGAACAUAAUGAUCAUUCUCCUUCUCCAUUAAUGCAUGCUAUGUAGAAGAUUUCAGUUUAGUCUAGUUAAUCUACAUCUGCUAAUCAUUCAAAAAAAUCAUCUAUCUCUAAACCUAAAUAAACUCAAUAGAUGUCAUUUCUAAAUUAUUUAAUACUUAAAAAAGAAGAUGAAGAACAAGAGAAACAACCAGUUUAAGUAUAAUAGAUUUAACAUAAAUAAUAAUAAUAAUAAUCAUCUUUCAUUUAAAAUAACUACUUUCCUAAUGAAGUUAUUGUAUAGAGAAAUAUGUUCAAUUUUUUAUAUGUUAUUGGGAUAGGUGGGUUUGGUAAAGUAUGGAGAGUUGAACAUAAAAAGAAUGGUUAAACUUAUGCUAUGAAAGAAAUGUCUAAAGCUUUGUAUUAAUAAUUAUUCAUAAAAAAGGAUUAUUGCUAAAAAAAGUGUAAAUUCUGUUAUGAAUGAAAGAAGUAUAUUAAGUAAUCUAAAACAUCCGUAAUUAUUUUUAUUCUAAUUUAAAGUUUUCUUGUUAAUAUUUAUUUUGCUUUUUAAGACAGAGAAAACUUAUUUUUAGUAUUAGAUUAUAUGUAAGGAGGAGAUUUAAGAUAUCAUAUUGGAAGAAUGCGUAGAUUUAGUGAGGAUUAAACAAGUAAGUUUUUAUUGUACAACAAAGAGGAUUUUUUAUGGCAUGCAUUUUUUUAGGGUUAGAACAUAUGCAUUCUAAAAACAUUAUUCAUAGAGAUAUUAAACCAGAAAAUUUAGUUUUGGAUAAAAAUGGUAAUAAUGCUAUCAAAUAAUAGGAUAUAUUAGAAUUACUGAUUUAGGUAUUGCUAGAGUUUUGAGACCUGAUAAUGCUUAAGAUACUAGUGGAACUCCUGGAUACAUGGCUCCUGAAGUAAUGUGUAGAUAAAAUCAUUCAUAUGUUGUUGAUUAUUUUGCUUUAGGAGUUAUUGGUUAUGAAUUUAUGCUUGGGAAAGUAUUCAUGAUAUACUAAAAUAGAGACCUUAUACAGGAAGAUCUCGUAAAGAAAUAAGAGAUUAAAUAUUGGCUAAAUAAGUUUAAAUAAAAAGAUCAGAAAUUCCUGAUAAUUGGUCUUUAGAAUCUGCUGAUUUUAUAAAUCGAGUAAAGAUUUAAUAUUAUUUAUUAAUUAGUUAAUAUAAAGAAAACCUGCAAAUAGAUUAGGUUUUAAUGGACCUUAAGAAUUGAGAUAACAUUCUUGGUUUAAGAAUUUUCCUUGGUAAAAACUCUAUAAUAAGGAGUUGAAGGCACCUUUUAUACCUCAUGUAAUUUGGAAAUUUAAAUAUAAUAUAGUAAACAGAGGAUAAUUUUGAUGCUCGUUAAAUAUCUAUUGAAGAUGAAGAAAAUAAUGAAUUGAUAUAAUAAAAUGCAAUAAUGUUAAGAAGAAAUUCAAUAUAAGGUAUUAUAAAUUAUAAUAUCAUUAGCAUUAUUUAAUGGAUAUGAGAUAGAUAAUUUCACAUAAGCAAGCGAACCUUCAAAAUAAUAACUCAACAAUAGUAAUUAUUGA